AUGUCGCUCAUUGCACCCAAAAUGCGCGCGUCGAGCGCCACAAAAGCUCCCUCCCUCGCGCGCUCCCGCUCCAACGUCGCGGCCGCGAGUAGCUCCUUCCUAGAGGCUCGCUCCAGAGUAAAGGAGCACGCACGGAACAUCAGCAGAACAUCGUCUAAGAAUGCCUCUGUUGAACCAUCUAUUCACCGACCUGCCCCUGCGCCGAACUUUCAGCAGCUGCCUCCGAGAACACAAGUACCGGGGCCCACCGCGCCAACGCAGGCGCCUAAGGCAGCCCUCGACCACUCCUUCAUCGGCAUGUCUGGAGGCCAGAUCUUCCACGAGAUGAUGCUUCGACACGGUGUAAAGCACAUCUUCGGUUACCCAGGAGGCGCCAUUCUCCCGGUCUUCGACGCCAUCUACAACUCCCCGCACUUCGACUUCGUCCUUCCAAGACAUGAGCAGGGCGCAGGUCACAUGGCGGAGGGUUAUGCCCGCGUGUCCGGCAAGCCCGGGGUCGUUCUCGUUACCUCUGGCCCCGGAGCUACGAACGUCGUGACACCCAUGCAGGAUGCGUUGAGCGACGGCAUCCCUCUGGUUGUCUUCACUGGUCAGGUAGCGACGUCUGCCAUCGGUUCUGACGCCUUUCAAGAAGCAGACAUCGUCGGCAUCUCGCGCAGCUGCACGAAGUGGAAUAUCAUGGUGACAGACAUCGCCGAGCUACCGAGGCGCAUCAAUGAGGCGUUCAAGAUCGCCACCACCGGCCGUCCGGGUCCCGUUCUCGUUGACCUUCCCAAGGAUAUCACGGCCAGCAUUCUCCGCAACCCUCUGCCAUACAAGGCCACUACACCCGGAUCGCCGCUGGGCCUCCCGUCGAACCCCUUGCAGCAAGUGGAGGAGACUUGCGACAUCGCUCUGCUACAGCGCGCCGCGGACCUCAUCAACCAAUCCCGCCGGCCUAUCAUCUACGCCGGCAAUGGCGUCCUUUCGUCUCCGGAGGGACCGGAGCUGCUCCGCAAGCUGUCGCAGGACGGCAAUAUCCCCGUCACGACGACCCUUCAGGGGCUCGGUGCAUACGACGAGCAGGACCCCAAGUCACUGCAUAUGCUCGGGAUGCACGGCUCGGCGUACGCAAACCUUGCGAUGCAAGAAGCGGACGUGAUCAUUGCCCUAGGCGCGCGGUUUGACGACCGCGUAACGGGUAAGGUCGACACGUUUGCGCCCACUGCGCGCGCGGCUGCAAUUCAAGGCCGCGGCGGCAUCAUCCACUUCGAGAUCCAACCGAAGAACGUGAAUAAGGUUGUCGACGCAACCAUCCCCGUCCUCGGCGACGUCGUAGCAAACCUUGCCGGCCUUGUGCCGUACAUUCGCCACGCGCCGCGCGAGGAGUGGUUCGACGACAUCCGUCAGUGGAAGGAAAAGUACCCUUUCACCUACAUCAAGAGCGCAGAGGGUCGGCCGAUGAAGCCGCAGGAGGUCGUAGAGGAGCUUGACGCACAGACGCGGGAUUGCAAGGGUGACGUGGUUGUCACCACUGGUGUCGGCCAGCACCAGAUGUGGGCCGCACAGCAUUACAGGUGGACACACCCUCGGUCUAUGGUCACCUCGGGCGGUUUGGGCACCAUGGGCUUUGGCCUCCCGGCGGCUAUCGGCGCCAAGGUUGCCGCGCCGGAAAAAAUCGUUGUUGACAUUGAUGGCGAUGCCUCGUUCAGCAUGACCGCGAUGGAGCUCGCUACGGCGUCUCAGUACAGCAUCGGUGUGAAGGUGCUGAUCCUCAACAACGAGUUUCAGGGCAUGGUCCUGCAAUGGCAAGAUCUCUUCUACGAGAAGCGCUACUCGCAUACGCGCAUGACCAACCCUGACUUCGUGAAGCUCGCGAACGCGAUGGGCGUGCACGCCAUACGGUGUCACACCGCCGCGGAGCUACCGGAGAAAAUGAAAGAGUUCCUUGAAUACGACAACUCCAAGCCGGUCGUGAUGGAGUGCAUCGUCGAGCCCGGCGAGCACGUGUUCCCCAUGGUGCCCGCCGGCAAGGCUCUGCAUGAGCAGCUGCUGCACCCGAGCCUCGCCGCCGCUGCGACCACCAAAAAGGCGUAA